ACUCACAAGCACCACCGAGCUGCCGUGUAUAAAAGUGUCUGGAGCUCCGUGUACUUCCUCACUGAGCGGCUACGUUCUCAGAUAAGAUGAAGCUCGCUUGGGGGGUGUUGCUGCAAGCAGUAGCUCUGCUUUUUGCAAGCAGGUUCGUUCUGUCGGAAGAACACGGAGGAAGGGGAGAUGAAGAAAGAGGAGGAGGAGGAGGAGGAGAAGAUAAGGUGUCUCCGGCUUGCCCGCUCGCCCUCCAAAGCAGCGGGAAAUGCGAUGGAGAGGAAUGUCCCUACCAGGUGAAUUUUCCUCCCCUGACCAUCCAGCUGCCCAAGCAGUUCCAACUGAUGGAGAAGACCCUCAAGGAAGUGGAGCUCCUCAAGGAAAUGGUCAACACUUUGAAGAAAUCCUGCCAGGAUUGUAAACUCCAGGCAGACGACAACCGAGAGAAGGACAAUUCGAACGACUUUCUGCCGGCCGGUCCCGCGAACCAGAGCGUUGUCCAAGACAACCGAGUCACGGACUUGCAGGACAAGGUGACCAAGCUGUCCGAGAACCUGAAGAACGCCAAGAACCAGAUCCACACGCUGCACGGCCGGCUGGAGAAAAUAAACCUGGUCAACAUGAACAACGUGGAAAAUUACGUCGACAACAAAGUGGCCAACCUGACGUUUUUCGUGAACAGUUUGGACGUUAAGUGCUCCUCGCAAUGUUCAGCCCAGGAACCCAAAGCAGACAUCCAGCUUCUUCAAGGAGACUGUUCCAAUUAUUUCGCCGCCGGAAAACGCCAGAACGGCGUCUACAAAAUCACCCCAGAUCCCAGAAACCAUAGCUUUGAGGCUUAUUGCGACAUGGAGUCCUUUGGAGGAGGCUGGACCGUGUUCCAGAUGCGCCAGGACGGCAGCGUCUCCUUCAACCGAACCUGGGAGGCCUACAAGAACGGCUUUGGAAACGGUAAGGAGUUCUGGCUAGGGAACGACAAAAUCCACCUCCUGACCAAAAGCAAGCAGAUGCAGCUGAGGAUCGAGCUGGAAGAUUUCAACGGCGUCCGAGAAUACGCCACAUAUGACCAGUUCUACGUCGCCAACGAGUAUCUCAAAUACCGUUUAACCAUCGGCACCUACACGGGCACCGCCGGCGACUCCUUGAACUUCAGCAAACGCUACAGCCACGAUCAAAAGUUCUUCACCACCCCGGACAGAGACAAUGACCAAUACGCUACAGGCAACUGCGGAGCAUAUUAUAGCUCUGGAUGGUGGUUUGAUGCUUGUCUGGCUGCGAAUCUCAACGGCAAAUAUUACAACAAGAACUAUAAAGGGGUCCGCAAUGGCAUUUUUUGGGCCACGUGGCCUGAAGCGUCUGAUCAGAACAUGAAUGGUUACAGAAAAGCUUUUAGGAAGGUUAAAAUGAUGAUGAGGCCCAAAACUUUUUUGCCAUGAAUUCCUUCCCUGCUCCCAAAAUCCCUUUGUCCAAUCUUGGCACUUUCGCCUCAGAAUUUGAGUGCAAUUUAAGAAUAUUCUGUUACAUUUCCUUUUUUUUUAAAAAAAAAAAAAUUCUCUUCCUCUUGCAAGCAUACCUCUUCCAAAGUACACAGACUUCUUUUCCUGACCAAAUUCAGGAUGGCAUACACCAGAAAAGUCUCCAAACGUGGCAAAUUUUAACAUUUGUGGACUUCGAUUCCCAGAAUUCCCCAGCCAGCCAUGGCGAAGGGCUCAGAAUCCUGGGAGUUGAAGUCCACAAGGCUUAAAGCGCUUCAUCAUGGAUAAAUAAAUCUAUCUUUCUUUCUUUCUUUCUUUCUUUCUUUCUCUUUCUUUCUUUCUUUCUUUCUUUCUUUCUUUUUCUUUCUUUCUUUCUUUCUUCCUUUCUUUCUUUCUUUCUUUCUUUUCCUUCCUUCCUUCCUUCCUUCCUUCCUUCUUUCUUACUCUCUUUCUUUCUUCUUUCUUUCUUUUAAUUUUUUCCUUCCUUCUUCCCUCCCUUCCUUCCGUCCUUCCCUCCCUCCCUCCCUAUAUGUUUUUAAGAAGAAUCUAGACAGUCACUUAUCUGAAAUGAUAUAGGUUCUCCUACUUAAGCAGAGGGCUGGACUAGAAGACCUCCAAGGUCCCUUCCAGCUCAUUCUAUUCUAUUCUAUUCUAUUCUAUUCUAUUCUAUUCUAUUCUAUUCUAUUCCAUUCCAUUCCAUUCCAUUCCAUUCCUUAUUUGAUUCCAUUCUUUCUGUUCUGUUCUGUUCUGUUCUGUUCUGUUCUGUUCUGUUCUGUUCUGUUCUGCUCUGCUCUGCUCUGCUCUGCUCUGCUCUGCUCUGUUCCAUUCUGUUCCGUUCCGUUCCAUUCCGUUGCCAAGUUUGGAGACCCCUGGUAUAUACAAAGACUUGGACCAAAUAAUACUUCAGCCUCAUACAUUUUCUGAAUUUGGAUUUCGGCUCAAUUUUGACACAGUGAUUUUUGAAGGUAUUCCAGUAGUCCGGUUCCAUUAUCUGCUCCUAGGAAAAAAAUGCAGAUAAUUAAAGGCAUUUAAACCCAAAGUUUAAAUGCCCCCAUUUUAAGGCACAUUCCAGAAACAUAUUGAUAAAUUCAAUACGUGGUUUCCCGACCCCCCCCCCCCCCUGCCACCAGUCUCUUGGUUCAGUCUACUUUACAAGGUUGUUGUUUUUGUUGGGAUAAAGUGAGGGAAGGCCCCAUUCCACAGUGCCUUGAGUUUUUGGAGAAAAUGCUGGCACGUCAACGUGAUUUAACCAUUCUUUUCAAAGCCACUGAAACUAAACUGCCUUGCCGCGCUUUCCAAGGCGAGAAAACAUCUUCAUCUCUUUGUGACUGUGCUUUUUCUAUGUAAAUAAUAGAGGUUAUAUUUUUAUAGAUGACGAAUUAUGCAUUGCCACUGUCACUUUUCUUUCCACGUCUAAAUAGUUUUGUAGAAGAGUAGCUGCAUUCGUUCUUUCUUUGUUUUUUGUUUUGUUUUAGUAAAAGCCAUGAAGAAUUUUGGAGCACCUUAACUAAUUUUAGCUUUUAUAGGGUAUUAUCGUAGUGCGUUUUUAUGAUUUCAUUCUAAAAUGCGACAAUGUUUGUUGUAGUACAAAAAUACAUGGGUUACAGAUGACUUUAUUGGACGCGUGAAUCUGAAAUGGUUGAGUAUGAUCCAGAAAGGUUACAUCCCACUAGAUGCUGUUGUCAUUUCUAAUGAAUCUAUCGCGCUCAGCACGUGAAAUCUAUCGUAGCAAUUAUGCCCCACUCUUCAAAUAUGAAUGUACGUUGACAGUUAGGAUUCACUCAGACGGGAUUAGAUCAAUUGAAGCGCCACUGAAAACAAUGUGCAGAUGUUUAUCGUGUCGUUUGAAAACCAGGACAAUUAAACGAACUUAAAAUUACUGUGGCUUAAUUAAGUAUUUCCAGUUCUAGAUUUAAAAAAAACAGAGGUUCUUUUUUUCAAUCGGAGAGGAAAUAAUCCCCAAAACUAUCUUUAUGCUUAUAGAAGGAAAACCGUAAUUUGUCAUAUCACAUUUAGAUCAACAGCAGUCACGUUAAGUUGAAAAUUAACCUGCCAUAGGUUACCGUAUUUUUCGGAGCAUAAGACGCACCUUUUUCCCCCCUAAAAGGGGGUGAAAAUUUAGGUGCGUCUUAUACACCGAAUGUAGCCCCGCCCACCCACUGGCUCCCACCCUUUGGCCUCUGCCUCGCAGCAGGUACCUCCUUGCAAGCAAACAGCAAGAAAAAACAGCUCCUUUCAGCUUCAGCACAGCCUAAUUAGCACAAGUUGAUUAGAUCGGCCUCCGGACUCUCAGCUGAUUUGCUCUCAGCUGUUUUGCGCAGGGCUCUGCUGCUUGCUGCAAAGAGGUAAAUUGCUGGGAACAGAUUUUUUUUUCCUUGUGUUAAUCAAGCUAUGCUGAAAACGAAAAUGAAAGUAAAGCAGGCUGUUUGCUGUUUGCUGCAACGAGGCAAAAUUGCUCAGAGGCAGAGGCAGAUUUCUUUUUCUUCUUUUCCUCACCAAAAAAGGUUUUAUACUCCGAAAAAUACAGUAAUUCCAUGCAGUCUCAAUAAUACAGGUAGUCCUCAACUUACAACAGUUCGUUUAGUGACAGUUCAAAGUAACAACAGCACUGAGAACAUUUAAGACUGUUACAGCAUCCCCAUGGUCAUGUGAUCAAAAUUCAGAUGCUCGGCAACUGGCAUGUACUUAUGACGGUUGCAGUGUCCCAGGAUCACAUGAUCCCCUUUUGUGAUCGUCUGCCAAGCAAAAGUCAAAGGGAAAGCCGGAAUGGCUUAACAACUCUGUUAUUAACAACUGCGGCGAUUCACUUAACAAUUAUAGCCAGAACGGUCGUAAAAUGGGGCAAAUUCACUUAACGAAACUUUUGCUUAGCCCGACAGAAAUGUAGGGCUCAAUGGUGGCUGUAAGUCGAGGAAUACCUGUGCAAUUAUUAGGGGUCAAAAUCUGAGCAGUAGUUUUGCAAAGCUGAAGGUCAGGCUCAAGUCCAAAGAUGAGACAAGGAUACUCCAUCCAAUUCCAAUCCGAUCCAAUUGCGUCCGAUGGACAGAAUCUUGCCAAAGUUUCUAUAGCCUAUUAAAUAUAUCCUGAGAGAUUCUAGGGCAGGGUGUCAAACUCAAGGCCGGCGGGCCACAUCUGGCCUGCAGGGGUGCUUAGAUCUGGCCCGUGGUCCCACCCUGGAAACAGCGAAGGACCGGCCCGUGGUGCCUCUGUCAGUAAAAACGGAGGUUUUCCCCAGCGCUCUGUUUUCGGCUGCGACGGCCUCCCCAAGCUCCAUUUUCACCGGCAGAGGGCUGCAGGAGGCUGUUGCGGCCAAAAACGGAGCCUCAAUGAGUGAUGUCGAGCUGGCCACACCCCCUGGGCCCUCCGAGGCAGUGGUGGGUUCCUCCCGGUUCGGCCUGGUUUGGCCGAGCUGGUAGCGGUGACAAUAUGACGUCACCGAACCGGUUCUCUUUGUUCAGGAGCUGGGCCCCUCCGUCCCCCUGCGUUUUCUUACCUUUUAUUUGGCCCCACCCGAAUCUUUUGCUGCCUCCCGAGUCCCAGCUGAUCGGCUAGAAUGGAAAAAACUGUUUAAACUCUUGCCGGGGCUUCAAAGGGCCGCCCUUCAGCUGAUCACUGUUAAAAGGCAGUGUGGUGGUAGACCAGUGCCUCCAAAAACAAAUGAGUAGACCGGUGCCUCCAAAAACAAAUGAGUAGACCGGUACAGUUCUGCAAGCAGUUAAAAGCCUGGUAGACCAGUACCUCUGCUAAAUCCUAAAGAAUUGUCACAUGUCCAUCAAGCCAUGCCCACAAAUAAGCCAUGCCCACAGAACCGGUAGUAAAAAUUUUUAGAACCCAUCCCUGCUCCGAGAUCAAACACAACCCUGAUGCGGCCCUCAAUGAAAUCGAGUCUGACACUCCUCUUCUGGGGCAUGGCUACCUUGAACUUCUUCCUCCUUCCCCCAUCCAGCUGUGGAACAGUGCAGCUUCUUAAUCUGGGCCUCCUUCUGGGAAGCCUCUGAGUUGGCAAAAUACACCUCUACGUCCCCCACCUCUGCUGCCGCAGGUGCACAAUCCCUCACAAUCCUGCACCGCUGUCGCCAUCCCACCCUUCCACGGAGCCAACAAGAGAAGGUGUGAAAACCAAGCCAGCAACGACUUUCUCUCCGCAUCUGUUCUUCUCUUAUCAACGUUUGCUUUUCACUUGCCAAUGGGAGCGAUACCAGUUGCCUUUUGGGAAAGAAGAGAAGCAAACGUUGGAGCAACUGAAGAGGGAUUGGGUGUGGGGGGGGGUCGAUGGCGAGAUAACCCAGUGACAUGAGUAGUGAGAUGAUAAAUCUUAGAAGUUGGGAAGCAGGCCAAGGUGAGAGUUGCUGUCAUCGGGACACCAUCUGCUUCACUCUGAAUAGAGCUGGAAGUCUCUUGGAGGCCUUCAAGUCCAACUCCCUGCUCAAGCAGGAGAGCCUAUACAAUUUGAAACACGUGGCUGCCCAAUCUCUUCUUAAAAGCCUCCAGUGAUGAAGCGCCUACAACUUCUGAAGGCGAGCCCUUCCACUGGUUAAUUGUCCUCACUGUUUCGAAGUUUCUACCUUAAUUCCAGGUUGCUUCUCUCCUUGAUUAGUUUCCAUCCAUUAUUUCUUGCCUUGCCUUCUGGUGCUUUGGAAAAUAAGUUGACCCCCCACUCCUCUUAAUGGCAGCCCCUCAAAUACUGGAGGACUGCUAUCACGUCACUCUUGGUCCUUCUUUUUCUCUAGACUAGCCAUACCCAGUUCCUGCAACCGUUCUUCGUAUGUUUUUAGUAAGUGGCUUCACAGCUCCAGGGGUAACACUCUUCCAAUUUGUAGCAGGAAAAGUUGAGUGGACAGGGAAUUAGUUCAGUUUCUCAAGAUUAGAAUAGAAUAGAAUAACAGAGUUGGAAGGGACCUUGGAGGUCUUCUAGUCCAACCCGCUGCUUAGGCAGGAAACCGUACACCACUUCAGACAAAUGGUUAUCUAACAUCUUAAAAACUUCCAGUGUUGGAGCAUUCACAACUUCCGGAGUCAAGUUGUUCCACUGAUUAAUUGUUCUAACUGUCAGGAAGUUUCUCCUUAGUUCUAAGUUGCUUCUCUCCUUGAUUAGUUUCCACCCAUUGCUUCUUUGUCCUGCCUUCAGGUGCUUUGGAGAACAGCUUGACUCCCUCUUCUUUGUGGCAGCCCCUGAGAUAUUGGAAGACUGCUAUCAUGUCUCCCCUAGUCCUUCUUUUCAUUAAACUAGAACAGGGGUCAGCAACCUGCAGCUCUGGAGCCACAUGUGGCUCUUUCAUCCUUCUGCUGUGGCUCCCUGCCGCUAGUCAGCUCCACAAUUGAUAGGACUUUCAAUUAGGAUAGGUAGAGGAAAAAGGAUGCCCUGCUAGGAGGAGACACUAUGGUGGGGGGAAACCGGACUUCCGAUUGGCUCCAGAAUUGAACGGAGGGCUUCCAGUUAGGGCCUUUGUGGCUCUGAGUGCUUAAGGUUGCCGACCCCUGGAAUAGACAUACCCAGUUUCUGCAACCGUUCUUCAUUAUUCAUGGCCUAGCCCUUUAUCUAUAUAAGAGACUGUAGAGGAGUGAAGAUUGACUCGGGAGUGAUCACAUAGACUGCUGGAAUCAAGAUGGCGCCCAACUGUGUUAACAGCUCAGAUAAAACACGCGUGAAUGUCAAACACAGGACCUCAAACACAGAUCUUCCCCCGUUUAAAACAUCUCUGAAUGUUUCGGUCGGCAUUUCUUUUCAUUCUUUUAACAAAGAGGUCAGGUGGCCUCAGGAACACACAGCCCAAGACAUUGGGUGUUUGUAAAAGCCAUUGGAAGUGAGGAAUCCUACGGUCGUAAAAUCUGAGGAGUUCCGAUCGCUAAUUCCUGGGUUGAGAUUGAGCAUUUCUAACUACUACUUCUUUAGGGAGCCGUCCUUCUGCACGCUCUAUUUACUCUCCAACUCGACAGCACAUUUUGUCCACUUAGUCAGAAUUACUCAUUUUUGGAACGUGACACUUGAUAUUUCCUUCAAAAGAGUUCAUAUAUUUGCCUAAUUUUUAAAAGCUAUUCUUAAAAAACAAAACAAAAUAUAUUUUCCCCAGCUCAACACACAGCCCAGAUGUGUAAGUCUACAGAUCUUAUCAUUCUUGGCGUGAGGGGAAAAACAGUUAUUUUAUUUAUUUAGCGUAUAGCAUAACAUACAUACAUGGACUUACAACAAGUAUUAACAUUUCACUUAGAUUAAAAAACACAGUAAAUGUUUAAAAGAUCUAUAUUCAGAUGCUAAUGGAAUACAAUGUAAUACAACUAGAGGAUUCUAGCUUUGGAAAAACUGAAUUAGCUAGUUUGGCUUAAGUAACAUUUUUCAUCCAUAAAGUCCGUGUAGAAAUGCACAUAUCAGCUUACAUGCCUCUAUGCUAUGGUUAGCUUUUAAUGGAGAAAACAAUUAAGAGUAUAUUUAUAGUACUGCGUUACUGUGAACAGGAGAAAGAUACGUACACAGAAGAAUAAAUUAAUAUUUAAAGCAGAAUGGAUAUUUUGAAGGCAUUUUAUUUGUAUAUUAUUGCUAUUAACAAAAAAUAUUGAUGCUUAUGUAUAUCUGCAUUACAAAGGAGGCUUUUGCCUAGAAUUAAAUCCAUAUUUACUAUUUUGUGACAAAUCUUAUUUAACUGAAGAGCAUAAGAAAUGGUGAUGUUGAGAGGAAAUAUAUAUAUACAUUUGCAUUGAAAAUGUUUUCUGAUGUUUUCUGACGUCACACAUCAAGUUUUUAAAAAGCAUAUUAUAAUGUAUACCACUGCUUAGCGCUGGUGCUUAUCAAAACACUUCUUCCAAAAUACAAUCAAGAUAAUAAAUGUUAAGGAUGUUAUUAGACUGUCUUUGACUACUAUAUUUGUAAAGUUUAACAUCUCUAUGGGAAACAGCAAUGCUAAGAGCAGGACAUAAAAUGUUUUAAAUGGAAAAAAAAAAAGGAAAAUUAAAAAUAGAACGGAUGUUGACUCCCAUAAUCAAACGUCUUGCAAAAUAGAGGGAAAUAUAAAGCUAUCCAAAUGAAAAACCAAAAACCAUUUAUCUCUGGCAAAUCAUUCUUUAAAUGAUCUGGUUAAUGCGCAUGAUAUUAAUCAACUCCAUAUGGGGAAAAAAAUGGCAUUGCCAGUGACAUGCGGAAAACAGAGAAAUUAGUCGGAUUUUCAUUUUGCCUGAGGCAUAUCCACACAACGUGUUAAAGGAGGUUUGAAAGUUUAGAAAAGUGUUUUGAUAGCAUACUUCACUCCAAGAGAUCUAUGAUCUACUGUGGAAUUCUGGGAAUUUACACAAUUCUUUGCUCAUCGUAAGCUAUCAUUCCCAAUGUUUUUGCUUCAGAAAGCCAGAGAACGCUGUUUUAUCUCUUUCACGAAAAAAGUACCUUGCAUGUAAACGAUUCCUACUUUUGUGAAAUGUGUGGCUUUUCUCAACGAGCUACCUGGCUGGGUUUAUUUUUCAGUAUUCCUGUGUUUAAAUGAUUUUAAUAAAUGUUAUUUGCCUCAAAGUAAUCUGCUUGUACGUCGUUACAGCUAGUAUGUCUGGUUGUUUUCAGUGCAAAAUGUCAUCCAAAUUGCCUACAAAAUAAAGAAACAGACGGCUUGA